CGCUUCCAGCCAUCAGGCCAUCACAACAUCACAACAAGAACUAGCUCAGCCUCUCGCUGAUACACUGAGAUCGCAGCUGAGAAAGCACGAGCCAUCCGACAUGGUUUCCAAGAAAACCAUGUCCACCGUCGCCUUUCUAGUGGCGCUGCUGCUCGCGUGCAGCUCCAUGAGCAGCGCGGCUCGGUACCUGGAGGAGACGAAGCCUGAGUACCCGCCGCACCCCACCGUGCCGGAGAUCCCCAAGCCUGAGCUGCCACCGCACCCCACCGUGCCGGAGAUCCCCAAGCCCGAGCUGCCACCGCACCCCACCGUGCCGGAGAUCCCAAAGCCCGAGCUGCCACCGCACCCCAUCGAGCCAGAGCACCCGAAGCCCGAGCUGCCGCCACACCCAACCGUGCCGGAGCUGCCCAAGCCUGAACUGCCGCCGCACCCCACCGUGCCGGAGCACCCAAUGCCGGAGGUGCCUCACCCUAUGCCAGAGGUUCCCAAGACAGAGCUGCCACACCCCGCCGUGCCGGAGCUGCCAAAGCCCGAGCUGCCACACCCUGCCGUGCCGGAGGUGCCGCACCCCGUGCCUGAAGUGCCUAAGCCCGAGCUGCCGCACCCUGCCGUGCCGGAGGUGCCGAAGCCCGAGCUCCCGCCUCACCCCGAGGUACCGGAGCUGCCGAAGCCGGAAGCGCCUCACGUGCCGGAGGUGCCGAAGCAUGAGCUUCCUCCCCUGCCGGAACCCGAGCUGCCGAAGCCGGAGAGCCACUACCCGGUGCCAGAGGCCAAGCCAUCUUCUGUCCCCUCCCAGCCAUCGCACAACGAUCUAGUUCGCUCUACUGAGGCUCGAGGCACAAAGCUCACUAGUAGUGUUGGUAAGCAUCGAGUCAUGGCUGCCAAGGGCACCAUGGCUUCCCUUGUCCUCCUCAUGGCGCUGCUGCUCUUGUGCAGCGGCAUGAGCGGCGCAGCGAGGUUGCUGGAGGAGGCGGCGCCCAAGGAGGAGUACCCGCACCCUGCCGUGCCAGAGCUGCCAAAACCCGAGCUGCCGCCGCACCCCACGGUGCCCGAGCUGCCUAAGCCGGAGCUCCCGCCGCACCCAGUCGAGCCGGAGUUGCCUAAACCCGAGGUGCCGGCGCACCCCUCCGUACCGGAGCUUCCGAAGCCUGAGGUACCAUCUCACCCUACUGUCCCUGAGCUACCAAAGCCGGAGGUACCGAAGCACCCUGCCGUACCGGAGAUGCCGAAGCCCGAGGUGCCGUUGCACCCCGCCGUGCCGGAGCUGCCAAAGCCUGAGGUGCCGGAGCUGCCAAAGCCCGAGGUGCCGGAGCACCCCACCGUGCCGGAGCUGCCGAAGCCUGAGGUGCCGGAGCACCCCGCCGUGCCGCCGGAGCUGCCCCACCCGGAGGUGCCAAAGCAUGAGCUGCCACCUCUGCCUGAACCUGAGCUACCACCGAAGGCCGAGGGCCACUACCCAGUGCCAGAGAUCAAGCCAUGAUCGGUCUGCAUCCACAUUGCCGCAGUAUCAAUAAACACUUUCUGUACAUCUGUGUACAUACGUGCGUAUGGUGUAAAAUUCGACGUCUGCCUGCGAUCUCGUUUGGGCAUGCACUACUAGCUAGGAGAGUGAUGCAUGUUUCCAGUAGUGUAUGUGUAUAUGCUUGUGCUUUGUACUUGGUGAUGUAAUGUGUAUUUUUCUUUGUAUGCACAUGCGAGUCUAUGCACGAUAUGUAUCACACAUUUUUCAUUUUAUUUUUCUUCAUGUUAUACACGCAUGUUAUUUCUGUA